GUGUGUGUGAGCGCGGGUCGCUUCUGCUGGGUGAGUUUCUCCUCCGUUUCUCCUCCAGUAUUACAGUGAGUUCAGAGUGUAGCCUGAGUUUAAUCUGUGUUAAAGUUGUGAGGGUGUGGGUGAGGACAGUCCUCGUCAGAGUUUCCGAUCAUCAUGGGGGAAGGAAAUCUGUCAGCUUUACCUGUUUGUGUGGACCCCUCUCCUCAGGCCGCGUGUGUGUGCGCGGGCUGCUCGCGCCCCAUCCGGGAGCGGUUCCUGCUGCGCGUGCACUGCGGCGUGUGGCACGAGCGGUGCGCGCGCUGCUGUGAGUGUGGAGAGCUGCUGAAGAAGAGCUGCUACAGCAGAGACAACAAACUCUACUGCAGGACAGACUACCAGAGGUUGUUCUUGGUGCGCUGCAGGGCCUGCACUGAGGUCAUCUCUCCGGCUGAGCUUGUGAUGCACGCUGGGUCUGCAGUGUUCCACCUGCGCUGCUUCUGCUGCUCUGUGUGUUCCUGCAGACUGCAGAAGGGAGACCGCUGUGUGCUGGUGGGAGACAGACUGCUCUGCACCCGAGACUACCAGCACUCCCUGAGCAGCCCCACCACCUCUGACUCAGGUAGAAGUGAGGAUGAGGAUGAUGAAGAUGAAGAGGGGAGCCUGAAAAUGACAGGAGACGGAAACACAGCUGGAGAUGGGGAGAAAAGGCCCAAACGGCCGCGUACUAUCCUCACCACACAACAGAGACGAGCUUUUAAAGCCUCAUUUGAGGUCUCAUCCAAGCCGUGCAGAAAAGUAAGGGAGACAUUGGCAGCAGAGACGGGUUUGAGUGUACGAGUUGUUCAGGUCUGGUUCCAGAACCAAAGAGCCAAGAUGAAGAAGCUGGCCAGACGACAGCAGCAGCAACAGCAGCAGGUCCAGUCUCCACAAGAACAGAGAGACCCCCAAACACUACCCACUGCACCCUCUUGUGGACUGCCACCAGAACUGAAGAGCAUGGACCUGUAUGUAUCUGUUCCUCAGCAGCAGAAGCAGCAGCAGACUGUGACUGUGGAUGCCCACAGCUUUAAACUAGACCCUUUCCGUCAGGGUUUAACCCCUCCUCAGAUGCCGGGAGACCACAUGAACCCAUACGGCUGCGAGGCCUUGUACAGUGACGUGAACAGUGAUCCACUCUGUCACCUUGGAGAGUGCCUACCGCUAGCAGAGACGUCCCUCCUGACGCCAAUUGACCGGCUGUAUUCAAUGCAUGACUCGUACUUUGCGUCCUGAGUGUAAGGUGAUGUGUGUGUGUGUGUGUGUGAGUUCUACCUUGCACGAAUUUAAUAGUUAAUACUGAUAAGAAUGUGUUUGUUUUUGAUUGAGAACUGUUCUGUGUAAAUUGUAUUUAUUGAAGUGUUCUGUCUGUGUACUGUUCAGAUCAUUUUACCCAGUAUACUAUUAAAUAAAUGAUUGACCAUGUACAAGAUAAAUACUCUGCAUGAACAGUUUAACUUCAGUAAAUUAAGUGGGUUAAA